AUGUCUACACAUUGCGUAGAAAGGUGGUGGAUAAUAGCACUUGCAUUCUUCCUUGCUAGGGUCACAUGUUUUAGUCUAAAUUCUUCACAAAAAUCUCCGUUUCUCACACAAUUAAGGAGAACACACGGAAGACAUCCCGUUAAUGCAUUGCAACAAGAUCAUACAAUUUAUGGACUUGGUACUUGCAUCCCAAAGGGAGGAUGUGGAAUAGCGGUUGUAAGAAUAUCCGGUCCGGAUAGCUUGAGAGUUUUGAAACUUUUAACAACAAAAGACGAUAUAUCGUUGCAUCUCAAUAAAUGGACUCCAAGAGAAGCAAAACUUUGUACAUUAUAUUCUGUUGUGGACAAGAGUACAAUUGAUAACGCUAUAACAAUAUACUUUCCAUCACCAAACUCGUAUACAGGGGACGAUGUUGUGGAAAUACACACGCAUGGAAGUAAAGGUGUAAUAUCAGAGUUAUUUUCAAAUUUAAUUCACAUAUCAAAGUCUCACAAUUUGAAAAUAAGACAAGCAGAAAAGGGUGAAUUUACUAGAAGAGCCUUUUAUUCCGGAAAGCUUGAUUUGACACAGGUCGAAGGAUUAAGAGACUUAAUUGCUUCUGAUUCCCAUUAUAAAAAGAGGGAUGCGUUCCUUAAGUAUUCCGGCUCGCUUGGAACAAUUUACAAGGAAUGGACAAACACACUUAUUGGAAUACUUGCUAGAUUGGAGGCAAGAAUAGAUUUUGACGAGGAUAGUGCAAAUGACCUUAAUCUACCUGAAUAUGAAUCCGAAUUAAUAAAAAAAGAACUGACCAUAUUACUUGGAAACAUAAACAAACGUUUGAAUGAUAAAAGAGGGGAAAUUAUAGAUAGAGGAAUUAAAUUAAUUUUAUUGGGAUCGCCUAAUGCAGGAAAAAGUAGUUUUAUGAAUACAUUAUGUUCUAGAGAUGUAAGUAUAGUUUCAGAUGUCCCAGGAACAACUAGAGACAUUAUCGAAACAAAUUAUAACUGUAACGAAUUCCAGUUUAAAGUUUUGGAUACAGCAGGCAUUCGUAUAAUAUCGCAGAGCCUACCUAAUGAUCAUGAUUUAAUAGAGAAAAUUGGAAUUAAAAAGACAUUGGAUAAGCUAAAUGAAAGCAAUGUUAUAAUAUUUUUCUUUGAUCCUUCAAGAGCUGAUGAAUCGAAGCAUGCUCUGAAAAUAUUUAGAGAACACUUGGAUUUCACACCAAUUAUAAUAGUUUGUAUCAGUAAGGAGGAUUUGAUAAGCAGAGAGCAGCUUGAGUUGUGCAUAAAUGAUAUUAGAAUGGAAUUAAAAACUUUAUCGUUCAAGUCAAAUGUUUGCCUAUUACCUGUUUGCAAUCUAGAAAGGGAAAGUGUAGAAAAGGUGUUGGAUGAAGUCUAUUCUACAAUUCACAACAGUCUUAAAGAUAAUAAUUCGGUUGAUCUUGAUAUGGAUCCAGUUAUAAAUAAUGAAAGGCAUAAAUCACAUCUGAACAGCAUAGUUUAUUCAAUAAAUUCUACGCUAUCAAUGCUCAAUAAAGGGGAAGUAAACCUAGAAAUAAUCUCAGAAUAUUUGAGGGAAUGUAUAAAUCAGCUAGAGUUUAUAGUUGGCAAAAGAACAAAUGAGGAUGUACUAGAUUCAAUCUUCAAGACAUUUUGUAUAGGAAAGUAG